AUGAUUACUCUCGAUUACCUCAAAUUGGCUCUGAGGCAGAAAGCCUCAGAAGAUGUGUCUUCAAGGCAGCCGUUAUCAGACAUACAGUACAGCGCCGGCUUCGAUAUUCUGACCCGAGGUUCAGGCUGGACAGCGUAUCAAGACUUCAUUUUCCCUCAGUUAUCCCAGCUUCUCACUUCAUUCACCACGCUUGCUCAUCUUUCUGUACUAGAGGUCGGACCUGGGCAGAAGAGCGUACUCGGAUAUCUGCCUAUUGGUCUGAGAAAGAAAAUCACGAGAUACGCUGCUUUUGAGCCCAAUGGCCUGUUUGCCACCAGAUUGGAGAAUUGGCUUUCCUCUACAUCGAACACGGAGCCUCCACUGCCAUGUCUAAAAAGCGCGCCCGUCAUCUAUCAGGCUCCAUUCACCCUAGGAAGUCCUGUGAAUAGCGGCACCAGUACCAGCACAAGCGAUAGCGAAAAUGGUUUCAACAUCAUCCUAUUCUGCCACAGUAUGUAUGGCAUGAAGCCAAAAAGCAAGUUCAUCGAAAAGGCCUUGACAAUGCUUGUACAGCAGCCAGAAGUCGGAAUGGUUGUGGUUUUUCAGCGGGACGGGACUCUGCACUUUGACGGUUUGGUGUGCCAUCAGACAGCUAGUUUUCAAACCGGCGUUGUUCACGUGGCAGAUAAUGACGAAGCCCUGGAUUGUUUUGCAUCUUUCAUCACAGGGUUUUCGAUGCAGGAUAUGGAUGUCCGAACCGAAUGGCGCAAGGUGUGUCGCGCACUGGGCCGUCAUGAAGAAGGCUGCCAUCAAGGACAUCUCUUGUUUAGCUCACCCGAAAUCAUGGCAACAUUUACUCGGCAUUCAACAAUGUUGCCGGAACUAGAGGCGCGGUUGCCGGUGGUGAACGGAAACAAGACUGGCAGGAAUCGAGAGGCUCGCCUCAACCGCCCCGCAUCAAUUGUCAGGCCAACAGAAAUUCAGCAAGUGCAGCAGUGCGUGCGAUGGGCUCUGGAGCACCGGGUCUGCUUGACUGUUGUUGGAGGAGGUCACAGCGGCCAUUGUCUCUGGCCCAACGUUGUCGCGGUUGACAUGGGCGCUUUUGACCAAGUCCACAUUAUCUCGGCAGGGAACGGGGUUGGAGAUUCCGGCUCUGACUCAGGUUGUUUGGUCGUUGCUGAAGCCGGCUGCAAGACGGGCGACAUCGUCUGUAAGGCCAUGGCAGCUGGUAUGGUAGUGCCCUUGGGCGCCCGCCCUAGCGUCGGAGCCGGUCUGUGGCUACAAGGCGGCAUCGGACACCUUGCUAGGCUGUACGGCCUCUCAUGCGACGCCAUUGUCGGUGCUGUCAUAGUCAGCGUUGACUCGGACCGGGUUCUCUGCGUCGGCCACGUACCACGCCAACACCAACCAGCCAACGCCGUGCGGCCCGACAACGAAUCUGAUCUGCUCUGGGCGAUAAAGGGCGCCGGGACAAACUUUGGCAUUGUGAUCAGCGUUACUUUCGCGGCUUACCCAGCUCCCACUUUCCUGGCCAGGAAUUGGGUUAUUCCCUCAAGCGAUGCUCGCGAGGUGCAGCUCAGGCUCAGCAGCUUUGAUAAACUCUUCGCCAGUAAGAUCCCCCGAAACUGUUCUGCAGAUGCGUAUCUGUACUGCGAUGCGGGCCAGCUACAUCUUGGCGUUACCAUAUUUGAGGCCUUCACGACUGGACUCGAAUCUGCGGCAUUUAAGCCCAUCUACGAACUCAUUACCAAACUCUGGGGACCGGAAGCCGAUUCGAAGCGCGUGAACAGCGUCGAAAUGUUCGAGACCGAGAUGUACAUGACUAGAAUGCACGGUGGGCACGGCGGCGGCAAAACCUCUUCCUUCAAGAGAUGUUUGUUUCUGAAGGGAAUCUCAGCACAACCCAUUGUAGACGUUCUAGUGGAGGCCAUUGAGACUCGUCCCUCACCACUCUGCUAUCUCCAUUUACUACAAGGUGGCGGGGUAGUUGGCAACGUGGCGGACGGUGCUACUGCUUUUGGUUGUCGAGAUUGGGACUUCGCCUGCGUGAUCACGGGUGUCUGGCCCCGUGAUCAAGAUGGCACCGAUACCAACAGAGCUGCCGUACAGUGGGUCUAUCAUGUCGCCGGAAACUUGCUGCCCCUCAGCGCCGGAGCUUACGGCGCUGACCUCGGGCCGGACCCGAGAGACGCCCCACUGGCGGCCAGGGCUUUCGGACCGAACCGGCCCCGCCUGUCCCGUCUCAAACGCAUCUCAGACCCACGCAACAUUCUAGCUUACACCUGCCCGCUCCCGAAAGCGGCGGGGGAACAGGAACUUAUCAUUCUUGUUACAGGCGACAGCUGCUCUGGAAAGGACUACUGUGCAGACGUCUGGGCUUCCCUGUUUGUUGAACGCACUAAUAAACGCCUCCGGGCGCGUGUUUACAGCAUUAGCGAUGCGAUUAAGCGGGAAUACGCAGCAGCUACUGGUGCCGACCUAAGUUGCCUAUUUAGCGACUGGGCCUAUAAGGAGAAACACUGGCUAGCGUUGACAGCAUUUUUCCGAGACCAGGUGCGGUAA